UUUCUGUUUCUGGUUUUCGAUCUUUUUUCAAUUAAGCUUUCUCUGUUUAACCUCUGCACCUAAGCUCUCGGCACAAGCGGUGGCGCUUCACAGCGGUGUUCAUUGACAACUUUGUUUGUUUGGAAUAACAUAUUCAAGCGGCGUUAAAUUUUGGCUCUUUCACUACCUUUCAAGAUUUUUUAGCCGGAAAGGAAGCAAUCGGUCUUCGCCUUUUCCAUUUGUCCCCUUUUCAUUGAACAAUUACGUUCAGAAAAGAAGUCAACACGAAAGUCUUUUUCAGAUUUAAGGAAAAAAUUUCCUUGUUAAAUCCUUCCAAAAGGGAAGUAACCUGGACAGAUGGCAAUUGUUACGAAGCAGUCUACUGAAGGUGGCAACAAUAUUCCUCCAACGCCACCUUCAUUACCAGGCCCAGCUACAAACUGUCGGCCGAAGGGGUUGUUUAUGAUGAACAAUGGAUUGGUAACAAAAGGAAACAGCUGUGUGUCAACAGCCACGAGAGAUAUGUGGGAUAAUCUCUUUGAUGGAGGCUUUAGGGCCGAUGUUACCGUUAGAACUGAUAAUGGUGGAAUCAUCUACGCACAUGCUGCGGUUCUUGGCAUGGCUUCUCCUGUCUUAAGAGGCAUGUUGAAACCAGCAAAGGGCUUUGAUCGUAAGAGAUCAAUUUCAGUCUCUGGUAUUCAGCAUGAUGCAGUUCGGGUUUUCAUUAGAUUCUUGUACUCUUCCUGUUACGAGGAAGAAGAAAUGAAGGAACUUGACCUACCAUUGUUGUUGCUGUCACAUGCAUAUGUUGUUCCUCAGUUGAAACGAACUUGUGAGCAGCAACUAGAGGAUGGUUUGCUUACACUAGAAAAUGUCGUUGACGUCUUCCAGCUUUCUUUACUUUGCGAUGCACCUCGGCUUGCCCUUAUUAGUCACCGUAUGAUCCUAAGGAACUUCAAGGCUAUUUCUGUGACAGAAGGAUGGAAUGCCAUGAAGAAGAGCCAUCCAGCUCUGGAAAAAGAAAUUGUAGAGUCCAUGAUUUAUGAAGAAAAUGUUCGAAAGGAGAAACUCAGAGAAUCAAAUGAGCGAAAGAUCUACCUUCUAUUAUAUGGAGCAAUGGAGGCUCUUGUUCACAUUUGCAGAGAUGGUUGCAGGACCAUUGGUCCAUGUGAUAAGGAUUUCAAAGAGAAUCAGAAACCUUGCACUUAUGCAGCCUGCAAAGGGAUAGAAUUGCUUGUUCGCCAUUUCGCCGGUUGCAAGUUGAGAGUCCCUGGAGGCUGCAUCCACUGCAAAAGAAUGUGGCAACUACUGGAAUUACACGCUCGUCUCUGCGCGGAUUCAAGUUUGUGCAGAGUUCCUUUGUGCGGGAAUUUCAAAGAGAAGAUGAAGAAACAAGGCAAGAAGGAUGAAAUCAAGUGGAAAAUGCUAGUGAAAAAGAUAUUGAGCACAAAGAGAAUCGGAGGUGCACUUGUGUCAUUGACCAGUACGGAUGAGUCCUAGACAAGUUUUUCGAGCUUGGACUCAUUUAACCCAACUACUUUUUAAUCACAACCUGAUCAGUGUACAGCUUUACCUAAAUCCCGAUGUAGAUGGUUUGUUUUAUUUGUAAAUUCAAUUUCAAGUCUUAUAUGCAAAUUAUGAAAGCAGAGAUUAGCUUGUUUUCUUCUAGUUAUUCAG